CGCCGCCACUGCAUCCGGCAUUAGCUCAAGCCGGCAUCCACCCAAAAUAUAAACAAAAGAUCAAUAAUCCAAAAAUAUAAUUUAAAAAAGCUUCACAAGCAAAUUGGAUUAUAAUUUAUUAUGAGGCAAAUUCAUUAAUGUAUGAGAAUUUUAUAUUUUAAGGAAUACUUAACGACAUGAGUCCUUGUUACAUUUUAUUGUUAUUUUUAGGCUUAUUCUGUAAAACAUGCCACUCCUCAAGAGUCCUAGAACUGACAGACCGAUUUCCGGAAAUCCGUAAAGACGGUGGUCUAUGGUUGGUGAAAUUUUAUGCCCCCUGGUGUGGCCACUGUAAAAAAUUGGAACCGUUAUGGAUGCACGUCGCUCAAGCCUUAAGUAAAACCAACAUUAGAGUUGGUAAAUUGGACGUUACUCGAUUUCCAAAUGUAGCUAACGAAUUCAAAGCUUAUGCUACACCAAUAAUCAAAUUCAUCAAACCUCAAGCAGAGCAUAUGUAUACUGGUGAACGUACUAAAGAAGCCAUUGUUGAUUAUGCCUUUAGAAUGGCUGGCCCUCCAGUUCAGGAAAUAAAGGAACUUCAAAGCGUAAAAAAAUUGAAAAAUGAUAAUAAAGUUUUCUUUAUUUAUGUGGGGCAUCAAAAAGGCCAUUUAUGGGAUAUAUAUUUCACGAUAGCAAUGAACUUACAACCACAUGCGUUUUUCUAUUCAAUUAAUAAAGAGUCUUAUCCAGAAGAUUUUGUCAAUUCAACAGAGCCUGCACUUUAUGUGCAUAAAGAAGGCAUUUUUUAUUCCUACCAAGAUAAUUUUGAAAAACAUACUGAUUUGGAUCACUUGAACACGACAAUAUUCAAAUGGGUCAAUGAAGAACGUUUUGAAACGUUUCCUAGGAUAACAAAUGAGAAUUUAAAAGAGGUUUUAAAGUCUGGAAAAUAUGUUGUGCUGGCUAUUGUUGAAGAAGACAAAAUCAAACGUAUUCCUACUGAUAUGAUCGAGUUUAGGGGUAAAGUUGAGACACUGAUUCGCAAAAAACGUCACAUCUACCACCCACACUUCCAAUUUGGCUGGAUGGGAAAUGCAGAUUUGGUCAAUAGUUUAUUGAUGCAAAGAAUUCCAUUGCCUUAUCUUUUAGUGAUAAAUUCCUCAACGUUUCAUCAUCAUGUUCCCGAAGACGAUCCAGCUGAAAUGAGCAUUGAAUCAAUUGAGAUUUUUUUGGAAAAGAUACUCAAUAAAACAUCACCAAUGUAUGGUGGAGAUAGUGUUCACAUAAAUGUCGCCAGGAAAUUUUUCGAUUUUAAACGUGGCCUCGAGGACAUGUGGAAAGGAAAUCCUAUUUUGCUGUUAGUCAUAUUCACUUUACCAUCCUUAUUUUUUAUAUUGAUAAUGUGGGCCUGUUGUUGUUCUGAUAUAAUGGAUGCUGAUGAUAAUGAUAACGAAGAUGAUGGGACGUAUCAUGAGAAGAAAGAAUAGAAACAGCUCCAAAAAAUAUUUAUUUUAGAUAUACGGGUAUCUUUUAAGUUUUUAGUCAUUAAAUUCUAUGUUCCUUUGUUGUUUUUUUAAGUGUUUGUGUUAUAGAUGCAUAAGUAUUUGCUAAAAAUUAAUAAAAAUAGAAAAAUAUCAAAGUUGUAAUUAUUUUUAUUAACAGUUUGAUGAAGAAACUGACACUCAGCUUUGUGAAAUAGGAAAAUACUUAAUUCCUAAAUCUAAUCUAAUUCAAUAAAAUUCAAUAACCAUUGAUUGGUUUGUUCCAACUUCUCUGAAAACUUAUUAUGUAAGCUCAUUUGUAUCUUUACAACAAUCCUUUUUCUCUUCUGCCUUCUUCAACUUAAUUUCUUCAAAUUUCAACUUGUAUUCACUCAAAGCACUCUCAAAUUCAUCUGAUCGACAAAGUUUUACGCUAGCCUCUAACUCAUCAAUACCCUGUUUAAAGAAACCCAAAUUGAAGAGUCCUAUACCUCUACGACCAAUACAAAGUGCCCUUUCUUGAAGAUUCACUGGCAAAGCUGGCCUUAAAAGCUUCAAGGCUUCUGAGCAAUCGUCUGUAACUCGGCUAAAAUUUC